AUGCAGGAUAAGGAGUACCCUUUCCUUGAUUCUGAUGUUUCUGGUAUGUUUGACGAUCUGCUAAGUAUAAAUUUGAUCACGCUUCCUGAGAUGAAGCGACCUGACGAGUCUAGGAACACUGAUGAUCCAAAUUACUCCUGUGUGGCUAUCAGCGAUGAAAAAAGUCGUGUGCCCACCAGCAAUGAAGAGGUGAACGUCACAAGUAUCACUUUCACUAGUGAAGACUUGUUGCUUGGAUCAACACCGCAUAAUCGCCCUUUAUUUGUGACUGGUUAUGCAAAUGAACAAAAAGUGAAUAGAAUUUUGAUAGAUGGAGGUUCCACAGUCAAUAUUCUUCCUUUAAAGACUCUGAAGGAGCUUGGCAUCCCAGUUGAUGAACUCUCUAACAGUCGAUUGAUGAUUCAAGGUUUUAACCAAGGAGGGCAAAGAGCUCUUGAAUCACUGAAUUUGGAGAUAGUCAUUGAUGACAUGUCAUCUAGAGCGUCGUUGUACGUAAUAGAUGCUAAGACAACGUACAAUGAACAGUCACCUGCAAUUCAGCAUGAAACUCUAAAAGGUUUGACUCUUCCGGUAGUUCAUCUUGAUACAAAGAAGGCAUCAUUUCCUCCACUUAAAAGGUCUAACCUUUUAAGUAAAGAAUCUGAAGCUGAACAAGACACCACACCAGAGUCAAGAACCAAAGACGGUUUUGAUCCCAUUGCUCAUAAACUUCUCGCUAAGGCUGGAUACGAUCUCAAAGAAUUUGCUGUGUUAAAUGUUCCAUCCCGUCAAUCUACUAGUGACAUGAUUCAUGGGUUGAAUCGUACCCAAAAGAUGUUGAAGGAAAAAGGAUAUGCCGUUGAAAAUCUCAAAUUUGGUCUUGGCUAUUCCUCUCCUGCACCAAUCCGCAUCAACAUCAAUAGAGCUAGUAGCCAAUAUAUUAUUGUGGAGGAUGAGUCUUCUCAAAUAACUGAAGAAGAAGAAGAUGCUGAAGACACUCCAACUGAAUUGGAAGAAGGUGUUAAGGCCACUGUUGAUGAUGUAAAGGAAAUCAAUUUUGGUACAUCAGAAGACUCGCGUCCAAUAUACGUAAGUGCUUUAUUGAAUCCCGACGAAGAGAAAGCAUAUAUUGAACUUUUGCGGGAGUAUCAAGAUAUUUUUGUAUGGACUUAUAAAGAAAUGCCGGGUUUAGACCCAAAAGUGGCCGUCCACCAUUUGGCUGUUAAAAAGGGAGUUCGACCUGUGAAACAAGCACAACGGAGAGAUCUUAACAAUGCUUGUCCCAAAGAUGACUUUCCUUUACCGAUCAUUGAGCUCUUGAUUGAUGCAACUGCUGGGCAUGAAAUUCUGUCAUUUAUGGAUGGCUCUUCUGGAUAUAAUCAAAUUCGAUUGGUACCAGAGGAUGAAGAACUCACUGCAUUUCGUACUCCUAAGGGUAUUUAUUGUUAUAAAAUAAUGCCUUUUGGUCUCAAAAAUGUUGGGGCCACAUAUCAAAGAGCAAUGCAAAGCAUUUUUGACGACAUGCUUCAUAAAAAUAUCGAGUGUUAUGUGGAUGAUUUAGUCGUUAAAUUAAAGAAAAGAAGUAAUCACCUGGAGGACUUGAGACAAGUUUUUUAUCAGUUGAGAAGGUAUCAACUCAAAAUUAAUCCUCUCAAGUGUGCAUUUGGAGUCACAUCCGAAAAAUUUCUUGGUUUUGUGGUUCGCCAUCGAGGUAUUGAAAUUGAUCAGGCCAAAAUUGAUGCUAUAUUGAGAAUGUCUGAAUCUCGGGACAUUCAUGAAUUGAAAAGUCUUCAAGGGCGAUUAGCUUAUCUGCGGAGAUUUAUCUCAAAUUUGACAGGAAGGUGUCAACCAUUUAGUCGCUUGAUGAAGAAAAAUGUGCCAUUUCAAUGGGAUGAGGCAUGUAGUAAUGCAUUCAAUAGCAUUAAAUCUUAUCUUAUGAAGGCACCUGUUCUGACUGCACCUAUUCAUGGAAAGCCAUUACUUCUUUAUAUUGCUGCUCAGGAACGCUCAGUGGGAGUAUUGCUUGCACAAGAAAAUAAUGAAGGAAAAGAGGUUGCCCUUUAUUAUUUAAGCAGAAUGAUGACCCCUAACGAACUAAAUUACUCGCUGAUUGAAAAGUUGUGUUUAGCUUUUAUUUUUGCAAUAUAG